CACAUCUCGAAUGGAUCCGAUGUUGAUCAACAAAGCCAACUUCUGACUGAGUUGCACGUUGCACGAGUUGCAUAGUAUAAUCACAGGUGACAAGUUUGGAACAAACCUUAUGUUGUACUAAUGAUUUAUAGCGUGUGCCUCCUUUCGGAAGAGACGUAGAGCCUUCGUUAAAGAUUCCUACCUUGAAACAUCAGAGUGUUCGGCAAAAUUUCUAGUGUAGCGUGCUCGUCAGCUUCUGUGAUUAGAUGUAGUUAGAAUUAGGUCGACUUUAAAUUGAAAAGGUACAAAAAAAUGUUACACCAUUAUCUUGAAAAACGUUACCAUCUGGCAUCUGGCAACACAGCUUGCAUGAAAUGUCAACGAUGUCACUGUCAAAAGUCAAUACAAAUUAAAAAUAUUUGAUUUGGUAUUUUGAUUUUGUUUGAUGAUUUGGACUUUCGAGAAUGAUAAGAAACCUCAGCAACAUGAACAAGGUAGCAACUUCAAUCCAAAAUAAACUGAAAACUCAUCUAGAAACUAUACAUUUAGAAGUUAUCAACGAGUCGUACAUGCACAACGUUCCUAAAGGAGCAGAAACUCAUUUCAAAGUCGUAGCAGUGUCGAACAAAUUUUUUAAUUUACCUUUAAUUAAAAGACACAGAACUGUGAACGAAAUAUUGCAAGAGGAAUUAAACAGUGGUGUGCAUGCUUUGUCUAUAGUUGCUAAAACGCCCGAGGAAUGGGAAAAUAGUACGAAGAUUGUAGAAAGCAGUCCAUCAUGCAGGGGAGGUUUUGGGAAAUAACAUAUUUUUAUUUUACCAAAGUGAUUAUUAUGUAAUUUUAAAAAACAAUUUAGUAUUACAGUUUAUAUUUGUAGAUAAUUUGUAAAUACAUUAUUUUUCACUAUAAAUGUGU